AUUUUAGAACUUACAGUCGAGCCUCAAUUCUCCAAGUGAUCGCAUCUCCUCGAAUUAAUUCAGCUUAACUGGUCCGAACUUCACUUAACAGCGUGAAUUCGCGACUGGUCCGCUUUGGUUUCAUUCCGGACCUGCGUUUGCUAUUAAAAAACGAUGCGGCAGCCGCGAGUCUAACUGAACCUAGUGCUGGACUUUUAGCGGCCUCUCCUUCUCACUCAAAUUUAAGGGGGAAGCCCAGAGGAGGAAGUGAUGGUGGUGGGCGAGGAGGCGAGCAACGCUGCCCCCGACGAGGGGGCCGCCGCUGCGACGACCACCUCAAAAAAUGGGCCCACUACGAAGCCGGCCAUCUCGAGCAACAUCAACAACAUCAUGGGCGGAAUGGAGAGCACUGCCGGCGUCAAACUGCACAACCACCGCAGGAAACUCAGACAAAGGUUCGACAUCAUCCGCAAACUGGGGCAGGGCACUUAUGGAAAAGUACAACUCGGAAUCAACAAAGAAACUGGACAAGAAGUUGCAAUAAAGACAAUCAAGAAGGCCAAGAUCGAAACUGAAGCAGACUUAGUGAGAAUAAGGAGAGAGAUUCAAAUUAUGUCCUCUGUGAGGCAUCCGAAUAUCAUUCACAUUUACGAGGUAUUCGAGAAUAGGGAGAAGAUGGUACUUGUGAUGGAAUACGCAGCUGGUGGCGAGCUUUACGACUAUUUGAGUGAGAGAAAGGUACUGAGCGAAGUCGAGGCGAGGAGGAUAUUCAGGCAAAUAGCGACUGCAACUUAUUACUGUCAUAAGCACAAAAUCUGCCACCGUGAUUUAAAGCUGGAAAAUAUUCUCCUGGACGAGAAUGGCAAUGCGAAGAUUGCCGACUUUGGUCUAUCGAAUGUUUUUGAUAACAAAAGGCUUCUAAGCACGUUUUGUGGCAGCCCGCUUUAUGCUUCCCCAGAAAUUGUCAAAGGCACUCCGUACCACGGGCCAGAAGUUGACUGCUGGUCCCUUGGAGUACUUCUAUACACGUUGGUUUAUGGUGCAAUGCCGUUUGAUGGCUCAAAUUUUAAGAAAUUAGUCAAGCAAAUAUCCCAAGGAGAUUAUUUUGAACCAAAAAAGCCUUCCCCUGCCUCGCCUCUGAUCCGUGACAUGUUGACUGUGACUCCAAGGAAAAGGGCUGACAUUGAAAAGAUUUGCAAUCACUGGUGGGUCAACGAAGGCUACAACGAAAAUUGUUAUGAAAUUGCAGAAACGCUGGCCAACCAAACUCCCGUUAGACUUGAUCUCCUCCUCUCACUGGCGCCGGCUCCUAGUUCUGACAAAAUUGUCGUUCCUGAUAAAGAAGAAGAGGGGCUGCCUGUUCCGAUUCCGCCUACCAGCUACCCAGCAAGGUCGCAUUCUGUUGGAAGUUUAAUGGACUUGGACUUCCCUCAGAGGAAAUCAUCGCCGCCAAGGUUAACGAUCCCACCACCCCCGUUGCCUAUUCUACCCAUCGAAGAGCCCGCCACGGCGCCCAAGAGAAAACUGCAGGAGUGCCCCAGUGGAGAAACUGGCGCAAAGAGAAAAGAGUCAAAGCCCGUUGCGCCUGCUGAGACGAAGAAAAGGGAGGAGCUGAUGGAGGUGGAUGACACCUCAUCGUCAACAAUCACUGAGCCGACCGUAAAGAGCAAAGAAAAACGCAAAUCAGUCAGAGUUAAAAAGGAAUCUGGAAAAGUGCCAGAGGCGGACGCGGCAGCGGUGCCAGCUGAAACUCCAGAGUCUCAAGCGUCCACUCCGCUCUCCGACUCUGACAAAACGAAGAGCCUGAAGAAAAAGAAAAAGACCGUUGAGAUCAAUGGAGAAGUCCCUCCAGAACCGAAAGCUGCAGCGCCAGCCCUGGAAGACGAGGCUUUGCUGCCUGCUCCGAUCGAGGCUGUGAACGCCAGCGCCAAAACUGAUGAAAAGCCAGUACCUCUCGCAGCUGAGCCGCUCAUCCCUACACCGGUUUUGGAAGAGGCCGCUGCUGCACCUGCAGUGGCAGAGCCGCCGCCCUCAGUUCCUGCAGCUGUUGUUUCGGCUCCUCCGACAGAGCCGGAGCCAAAGCCAGUUGAAACCGUAAAAGCAGAGCAAGCCAAGAAGGAAGACUCGCCGCCAGCUGUUGAAAAGAGGAGGCCGCAGAGUCUGAGAUACAGAACAAAGACCGAAGAUCUUACAUCCAAAUCCGUCAGCCCUGAAAAGUCUAUUGAAAAGAGGGAGAUUCCUAAAAAUGACGUCCGACGAAAGUCGAGUAUAUUUGAAAAAGCGGAAAUGUUCAACAGCAUGUCCUCGAAUAACAUCAACAGGACCUCUCCAGAAAAGGGAAAGAAAAUGUUCAUUCCAGGGGUGAAGGUUAGUGACUUCAAAUCAGCAUUUGAAAAGAAACCUCCCACAAAGUCAGCCAGCACAAGUGUGGCCAGCGAGGAGCCAAAGAUAGAAGCGCUGAAAAAGCCAGCAAAGUCCGAGUCUCCUCAGAUUGAGAAGAAAACGAUAAAGGAGCCUUCCUCUGCAGCUCAACCCCCUGCAAAGACUGCCAUCCCUGCUCCUCAACAGGCAGCUACCCCGGUUGCACCCCCUGCACAGCCAGCAGUCGCCCCAGCACAACCAGCCAAAGCCCCGACGCCUCCAGCUACCCCACAGAAGCAGCCAGAACCCAAAAAGCAAGAAGCACCUGUCGUGGCCCCUGAAAUCAAGCCCAAGUCGCCUCAGAAAGAGGUCGUUAGGCCUGCUUCUCCGCAGAAACAGUCCAUCAAGCAGCCAUCUCCGCCGCCCAAGGCAGCGGUUGCCAAGGCCAAGUCGCCAGAUUUUGAAUCGAAGCAGGCUGCUGAAGCUCAAAAGAAGAAGUCGACCUCCAUGAAAAUCACGCUUGAAUCUAGUCCGAAAUCUGCCACACUUCCUAGAAGAACGUCUAAGGCUGAAAUCAGGCUCAAUAACCCACCGGCAGCUGCACCAGCUUUUACUGCUACGGUGCCAGCCCCUGCACCAACGCCACCAAAGCAAGUGGAAUACAGGACCGAGGUGGAGCACAUGGUUGGAACACCACAGCCAGUGCAGACGCAGCGCUCAGAGGUUGCGUUCCCCGUGUCCGCAGCAUCCAGCGCUGCGUCCAUGAACGCGCAAGCAGCAGGCGCUGCGUCGCCGAGAGUGCCACGUCCAUACCGACACUCAAACACAGCGCCGACGAGCAACGCCUUCAGGUCCAUGUCUGCAGAGCCAGAGCUUAAGAAAGAGAGGAUCAUUCCGAUCAGAAUGGAGGGCGAGAAGGAGGUAGCCAAAGAGGCAAAGCCGCCUCCUCCAAAACCGGCGGCAGCAGCAGCAGCAGUCAAGAAGGAGCAGCUGUCGAGGCAGAGCACAGUCGAGUCGGAAGCUGAAACCGUGAAGGGCGAGCCUAUUAGGAAGAGCCCGCGCGAGUUUAUCAUUCCGAUUGCGGUUGAGGGAGUCGGCUACGUCACCCCCAGAGCCAGCAGCUUGGAGCCCUCUUCCGACUCGGUCCCAUCUACGCCAGGAACUAAAGGCAGGUCAAUGAGAUUCAGCAAGCCCUUCGGAAGGUUUAUGAGUCAACUUAGUGAGAGUGAAGGAGGCGACACGGAAACCACUAUCAAUUCAAACGGAGGAGCGGCUCCUUCGUUCAGCAGAAUGAAUAGUGACCAAACUGAGGACGAACUAGGCCCGAUGGCAGGCACCUUUGGUCGAGGAUUGCACAUGCAUAGAUUAAGGAGUUCUCGUCCAAGCCGUUCAUCCCUGGAACACAACGACAGCCUGAGUUCUGGAGACGAAGAUGACGACGAAGACAACUUUGAGGCUUUUACUGCGGAAACGCUCUUCUCGUCUCUCCUCUCACGGAUGCGUGUUGGCCAGGUUCGAAGCCUCACUCAGAGGCUCAACGUUGACAACGAUCUGAGACCAGGCUUCCCGAGCAGCAGACUCCUCAGCCAGAACUUCCCGCAACCCAGCCUCUUCAGCAGCAACUUCCCCAGCAGAUUUGGAGAGCCGCUCACGAGUUACUCAGUGUCUCAUCAUGAAAGGAUUGUAACUAGUCAUGUGAGGCUGAGUGAGCACUCGAGGCUGAGUCGCAACAACAGCCGCGGCGAAGAGCAUGCUGGAGGACACUGGAGGCGCAGUCUCAGUCGGGACGCGUCCGACGGCGACAGCGUCUACUCGGAACAUCAUCCAAGAGGAGAAUAUGAGGGGUCGAGCAACAGCGACUUCCGUCGGCACCACCACUACCAACCACCGCAGCAGGAGCAGUUCCGCCGUUCCAACUCGCACCAACCCUCGGAGCUGUACAAGCCCACCCCAUACCGAGCCGACGCAGCCGAGCUUUACCGCCAGGAGCAGCAGCAGCAGCGGCAUGCGCGGCGCAGCGGCGGCGUCUUCUCGGAGGGCCAGGGCCUCAACAGACUCAGGUCGCUGUCGCUCAACAGGGAGAACAGCUGGAAGAAGAACCAGAGGGCCACGCCCGACCGCUCCCUGUUGUCCAGGUACAUCAACCAGCAGGAGCUGCAGGAGAGGUCGCCGCCCCCGCCGCCUCCCCCGCCCCCGCUCACCAGCGAGGAGAAGCGGCGGGGUCGUCGCACGUCGCGCUUCCUGCGGCCCGACUUCUUUGACAUACCCAAGGAGGAGAGCGUGUACGCCAAGCAGAAGGAGGAAGAGGCCAGACUGAGGAAGGAGCAGAGGAGAGCUUCUGUUGAGAGACGCCAAAUGCAAACUGCGGAGGAAGAAGCACGGAGCAGGAUCAACCGAGCAAUAUCCUCCUUGAAACAACGAUCUGGCGGCCAGGACAUGACCGAAUCCUCUUUCAUAAAGCGAGCAGUUUCCUCUGACGACUGCGCGCAGCUGAAUGAGUCUCCCCGUAGCUCUGGCAAAGUGAACUCGGUGCUGGGCAUGUUCAGGAAGAUGGAAAGGCCGCCCGACAGGAGCGCAGUUUCCAGGUUUAGGCGAGCGAAAUCUGUGUACGAAAACUCGAGCAGCGACUCUGUCCCGACCGACUAUCAGCAAGAUUAUUCUAGAUACAAGCGUCCAGAGGCUCCCACGUCGUCGUCGCGCACGCCAAGUGCCUUCUUGCCCUACAGAAGCAACAACAGCGAGGACAAGUCUCUGGAGGACGACCUCUCGGACGACUUCAUGCGGCACAACUCGAGCCGUGACGGGCAGGACGACUCUUUCGACUCUUGGUCCGUGAACUCGGACCCGCAAGAGCCUCCAGAGGACGAGACGGUCAGCGACCGCAUUCGACGCAAGAGUUUCUACACUAGAUUCAACGACUACGUCACGCCGAAAAAACAGCCUGCGAAGCCGUCGCCGGAGGUGGCCGCCAUUCUCGAGAAGGGCAUCAGGAAGCAACAGAAGCAGCAGAGGCACAGGGAGCAGCAGGAACAGCAGCGCAGGCAGCAGCAGACCGCCUCUGCCGCCGCCCCCAGGCUGAACAACAACUUCUGCUCUCUGCCCAGGGGCUGGGAACCGCAGAUGGAGCAGGAUUACUACCAGCAAGCCAGAAAACUAAACAGGUACAGCCAGCAGCGCAGCCACCCGACGGUGCCCUCAUAUCCCCUGCAGCCGCCGUCACGCCGUCCGACGCGGCCUCCAUCACCGCCGCCCAUGGUGGACCACUGACGAAUGCUUCCGCGGAGCAGAAGCAUGGACGAGACUUUCCGGACUACACAGUGGUGGUGCCAGUGUCAGAACCAUUACAUUUGUGACUUGUGAUCAACCAGUCAAGCCUUAAUUGUUAGCAAUAUAUCGUUUUUUUAGCAUCACUUGUGACGUUGCCAAAUUCGCAAUUGGCAAUUUGUAUUUUUACCGUAGGAGUCAGCCGUCUCGCGCAACCAGCUCUCAUGGUGCACAAAUAACAACAGAAAUUAAUUUUAACGAUUUAAGGUGCACAUGAAGAGGAAUAAAAAAGGUUGACGCUAAAAUAAUUUAUAUUUUUCUCCCUUUUGCCAAAUUUUAUAUUGUGUCCCGUACACAAGCGUAUUUUAACAUCAUAUUUUGUAGUUUUUGUUAGUAUUUUUUGUCAUGUGAUUGCUAAUGUUGUUAAUUUUUCAUUUAAGUAUAUGGGCUCUCUUUUUAUUUUUCGCCUGAUGCCAAAUUUGCAACUCUCGUCUCAGUCAUAUUUAUUAAUAAUUCAUGUUUUACGCAGAGAACAACGAACUACAUAUAAGUCAUUGUUAAAUUUGUGCAACUGGACAGAAUAAUCUCAUAUUAUAUAUUUGCUCUUAAACCUCAUGCUGUGUAGGAAAAGUCAUUGUGGUCAUCAUUUGAGAAAAAAAAAAUAAUUGUUAAUGCACACAAAAUGAAUGCUAUAUUCAUAUUUAUAAAAAGAACUUAUGACAAAAAAAAUAUUUAUAAUAAUAUGACUGCAUUUUGAGAAUGUAGCGUUGUUUUUUCUUUUUUUAAUAAAUCUACAGGAAAGAAAUUCCAA